CGUUCUUGAAAGCGCAUGUGAGAGCGGAGGAACUUCAUUGCACAAUCUUGAACGCGACAGCCAAGGCUGUCCGUUAUCCUGCAAGCUUCCUAUACAUUACCCUAAAAGAAUCUCGACAUGGCGCGCACAAUAGUAGGCUCCGCGGUGGUGGUGAGAGAGAAGUACUACUGGCCAGAUUUGCAAUUGAACAUUUGGACCAUCAUCAUGCUGGCAACGGCCGGGACGAUACUGGGAAUAUCUGCAAACUUCAUGAUCAUCCAGAGUCAGAUGCAGCGAGACACGCCAUGGAUCUUCCCCUACGGCGUCACAGUCGGCGCUCUCACCAUGGUCGUCAUCUUCAUCGAACUCCUUCUCAUUGCGCAGCGCCGCCUGCUCCCUGGGAUCAUGAUGUUACUCUCCUUCAUCCUGAUAGUACUCUUCAUAACGGGGAUAAUUGGAACUUCAAUACAGCUUUUUGCUGGUCCGAAUGUCAACAAUCUGUGCAAUGCAUUCGUGAACAACCAGAGGCAACACGGGGCGAGUUUGAAUACGCUGGGGUGGCUGGAACAGAACAGUAUCUGCCAAAGUUGGAGUGCAUUAUUCGCCUUCUGGAUCAUAGGGUCCGUCUUCCUGGUAUGGAUGAUGGUUAUGGCGAGCCAGGUCAACCAGAAUCAAUACGACUAAGGCACCAAAGAUCUGGGCCUCUUCUAUAGAGACUGGAGCCCUUGAGACGAAUUAAAUG